AUGGCCCAGUACGACAGGAAGGCGGUUCACUUCGGUGGCGGUAACAUCGGUCGCGGCUUCGUCGCCGAAUUCUUGCACAAAUCCGGCUAUGAGGUCAUCUUCGUGGAUGUCAUGGACAAGAUCAUCGACGCUCUGAACUCGACCAAGAGCUAUACAGUCACCGAAAUUGGCGACGACGGUGAAAAGACGUUCCAGAUCGACCAUUAUCGUGCCCUCAACAGCAAGUACAAGCUGGACCAGGUGAUUGAGGAGAUCGCAACCGCCGACGUUGUCACCUGCGCUGUCGGGCCCAACAUCCUCAAGUUCAUUGCCGAGCCCGUUGCCAAGGGCAUUGAGAGCAGGACGCUCGACUACCCGCUGGCUAUCAUUGCUUGCGAGAACGCCAUCAAUGCAACCAACACAUGGCGCGGCUUCAUCGAGGAGAGGUUGUCGGAUGACACCAAGCAAAAGAUUGACACCAAGGCGCGUUUCGCCAACUCGGCCAUUGACCGCAUUGUCCCGCACCAGGACCCCGAUGCUGGCUUGAACGUCAAGAUCGAGAAGUUCUUCGAGUGGUGCGUUGAGCUGCCCCCCUUCGAAGGCGUUCAACACCCGAAGAUCGAUGGCGUUCACUUCGUCGACCACCUCGAACCCUACAUUGAGCGCAAGCUGUACACUGUCAACACCUCGCAUGCCUCGGCCGCUUAUUACGGCUACAACCGCAACAAGAGGCUGAUUCAUGACUCCAUGCAAGACAAGGAGAUCCAUGAUAUCGUCCGCGACUGCCUUCGCGAGACCGCUCACCUCAUUGUCAACAAGCACGGAAUCUCGACAGAGGAGCAGAACGACUACGUGGAGAAGAUCAUCAAGCGCAUCUCCAACCCCGCCCUUGAAGACGACGUCAGGCGUGUUGGCCGUGCGCCUCUCCGCAAGCUGUCCCGCAAGGAGCGCUUCAUAGGCCCCGCUUCGCAGCUCGCUGAGAUGGGCGAGAGCUUCGAGCACCUUCUUGGCGCUGCCGAGAUGGCCUUACGCUUCCAGAACGUUGAGGGCGACGAUGAGAGUGUAGAACUCGCGAAGAUCCUGAAGGAGAAUGAUGCGAAGGAGGCAACGACUCAGAUCACUGGUCUGGAGGAAUCGCACCCUCUCUUCCCGCACGUUCUCAAAAGAGUGGAGAAGGUGCAAAAGGGCGAGUGA